AAAGAAAAACAAAAAACAUAUAAAAAUCUUGAUUAAACUCUAUUAAAAAAGAGGUUAGGAUUUUUUGAAGGAAGAUUGUGUGUUGUGUGUGAGAAAUUCCAUUUGGUUUUUUCUCUCGAUUAAAUAAUAUGGCCAAAAGGUUCCAACUUACAGUCUCAAUCAAAUUGCAAUAUCAAGAAGUUAACAAUCGCCCAUUCAUCAUAAGGUACAGUGACCGUGAGCUAUUUAUCGCUGAGCCUCCUUCAAACGAUUGGUAAAGAAAAAGAGACCUUGAACUCAGAAAACCAGAGAUAACAAACGGAGUGACCCGCAACAAAAGAGGAAGUAAAAACACAAAUCUUCUCAUUGACAAAAAAAAAAACAUGCUAAGUGGAAAUAAAUCAGAUGGCGAUGAUGAAGGUGAAGCCGAGUCUUCAUCCUCCUCGUCGUCGGACACUACCACGGCUAAUAGAAUGGAUAACAUGGCAAAUGAGUUUCGUUCAGUUUUAGAUGAGUUUCGAGAGAAUUGGCAAAAAGAGCUAAAAACCGAUGACAAACCAACAACAAACAACCAGAAUGCUUCGCUCAACAAAUCAUUGUCGUUGGACAACAGCACUAGCCCUGAAGUACAAGCUGAAGAUUUGUUCAAGCAUGCAGUGGAACUCGAGCAACGUGGUAAAGUCUAUGACGCUUUGCAAUACUAUCGGCGAGCUGUCCAGCUGGAUCCUGAUAUUGAAUUUAAAGCUUACGAAGCAAGCAAGAUUCCACAGCCAAUUGAAAAUGAGCCAAAUAAUAACAAUAAUGUUACGGCUGCCAAAGGAAAAGUUGAUGUACCACCAGAUGAGGAAGAUGACGAAGAACCACUAGAGAAGGAUUUGUUUAUCCGGUUUCAAAAUGACAUAGCCAAACAAGGAAGACUGAUCAUGAGUAAUCGCGAUCCAGGUGUCAUUGGAACUGAGAUGCAUAUUUCCGAUUUGCCAACAGAGAUUCUCUUGUAUAUUCUUCGUUGGGUUGUAUCUACGCAGUUGGAUAUGAAAUCUUUAGAGCAGUGUGCUGCUGUGUGCAAGGGUAUCUAUCUUUGUGCUAGAGAUGAAGAAAUCUGGAGGCAGGCAUGUUUGAAAGUUUGGGGAGUUAAUCUUGGAUGCAUCACAGGAACACCAUACGACAGCUGGCGACAGAUGUUCAUUGAACGAGAACGCAUUCACUUUAAUGGUUGUUACAUAAGCAAGACAACUUAUCUACGUUUGGGCGAGAAUAGUUUUCAAGAUCAAUUCUAUCGACCAGUUCAAUUGGUCGAAUACUACCGUUACAUACGUUUCAUGCCCGAUGGGACUGUCUUAAUGAUGACGUCUUCCGAUGAGCCAGCACAAGGAGUUACACGCUUAAAAAAUCUAAAUCAAUUGCGUUCUGAAGUAUUGCGUGGACAUUAUCGCUUGCAUGGUGACACUGUGACAGUUAUGCUCAAAAAAAAUCAGAGACUUCCAAAAGGUGAUCACUAUUAUGGGGGUGGCAAACGUCGAGGCAGUGUUGCACCCGGAGCAAAUGACAUAGAGGCUAACUUCACUACGUACUAUAUUGAAUUUAAUAUUGCAAGUACACCUAAGAAGCGUUUUAGCCAGUUGCAAUGGAAGAACUACUCCAUUAUUUUGGUUCGUAAUAAACGGGAGGUUUCAAGUGAUUUUGAGCUUACUCCUUCAAAGUAUCCACCGUUGAGAUUUUCCUGUGUAAGGAGCUAUCAUUUGGAUGCUGAAGCACCAUUGCAGUAAGUGUGGUAACUAAAAAAAAAUGCUUGUAGAACUUGUCUUUUUUUAUAUUAUACAUACAUAAAUACAUAACAUAUUUUGAUGCUAUUAAAAAAAUAAUGUAACCAAGUUACAACAAAAGUGAAUGUAAACCAUUUUGUUUGCUUAAAAAAAAAUAAUGGAAUUGUGAAUUUAAUUCUUGUAAAUAAGAAAAUAAAUGGACUGUAAAAGUGGAAAUA